UUCACUCUGUUUAAAACUGCUACCCCCCCCCCAUAUAUGUGGGGGAGGGUGAUGGAAGAGAUGUGCUCCGCACGAAGCGCUUCACUCUCCCCCUUUGCCUUUUCAUGAGUUCUGUCUCAUGCGAGGCUCGGACGUGGGUUGUUGAGCGACAGGAGGUUUUAGUCGGUUCGACUCCGACAUACCCCGCCCGCCAUCCCCAGUGGAGGGUGGGAGUCCGGCGAUUUCCUCUAGACCAAAAAAAAACCAUAUAUUUAUAUCAUUUCCAAUUUCUGAAUUAGAGCUAUUUCGGCGAGUCUACCAAUAAUAACUUGCUUUGUACAGGUGAACACUUUUUCAACUAGUCCCCUAUAUAAGAAGGAGAAGGUCCUCCUUACUUUCUACCCUCCAUAGAAUAAAAAUAGGGGUGCUCAAUAAAAAGUGAUAAUGAGCAUGACGCAAUAACCUACUAAAUGUUAUUUUAUUUUUCACCGUAGUCACCUGUCAGGUUUAUACACUUUAUCUUUUUUCUAAAUAUAAAAUUCGCCUUUAAUUUUUUUUUCUACUCAAUUUUAUGAUUUAAAUCAAUGAACAUUUAUACUGGGAUUAGCCCAUUUCAAAUUCCAAAUGGUGGAUAUUAAUUUUGGUAAUAAAAUAAUAUCGUUGUUAAGAUAGUGAUUUUAAGGGCGUCAAAUAGUUGUUUAGAAACCACUACCUGCUGGUAUUCUGCAUUAAGUAUUAACUACAAAUAAGUGCGCUGGCAACUUUAUCCGCGUCUACAAAUUGUUUCUGAAAAGGUCGUCGAUGACUUUGCGAAUUACAACAAAAUUACAAAGAAAAGUGUUCCGUUGUAAUACAAUCUUGCUAUUCAUCGAAUACUUUUAUAGUGUAAGCGUAUAAAUAUACACAGUAUGGCCGGAGCGAUGUUAUUUGAAAGAUCACGCGUCUCAUCAUCGACGAACAGAGACGAAGACGUCCGCAUGACUGACAAAAUGGUCAGCACUGGCGAGCUGCCCGAAGAUGAUGAAGAAAACAUAAGAGCAAAGGAGCAGGGUAUCCUUAACCUCGGCGAGAAAUACAAAAAGGAAGGGAAGGCUAAGGAGCUGGCAGAACUUAUCAAAGCCACCAGACCAUUUUUGAGCCUCAUAAGUAAAGCUAAAGCUGCGAAACUGGUACGUUCCCUUGUUGACUUCUUCCUAGAUUUGGAGGCAGGGAUCGGUAUAGAAGUACAGUUGUGUAAAGAGUGCAUAGAAUGGGCCAAGGAAGAACGACGCACCUUUCUUCGGCAGUCUUUGGAAGCAAGACUUAUUGCUCUGUAUUUCGACACUGGUAUGUAUACGGAAGCUUUGGACCUUGCUACUGCACUUUUGAAAGAGCUAAAAAAACUUGAUGACAAAAACCUAUUGGUUGAAGUGCUUCUUUUAGAAAGUAAGACAUACCAUGCUCUCAGUAACUUACCUAAGGCCCGUGCCUCUUUGACAUCAGCAAGAACAACUGCAAAUGCUAUUUACUGUCCUCCAAAAAUGCAAGCAGCCCUCGACCUCCAAUCUGGUAUACUACAUGCAGCUGAUGAAAGAGAUUUCAAAACUGCUUACUCAUACUUUUAUGAAGCCUUUGAAGGUUACGAUGGAGCUGACAGUCCUAAAGCUCUAACAGCACUGAAAUACAUGCUUUUAUCGAAGAUCAUGUUGAAUCAAGCUGAAGAAGUGGCUACAAUAUGUGGAAGCAAAGCUGCCCUCAAGUAUGCAGGGAAAGAAUUAGAAGCGAUGCGGGCCGUAGCCACAGCUUCUCAUAAAAGAUCAUUAGCUGACUUCCAAGCAGCCUUAAAAACAUACAAACCAGAGCUUGAAGAAGACGCAGUGGUGAGAGCUCAUCUUGGUGCUUUGUAUGAUACUAUGUUAGAACAGAACUUGUGCCGAAUUGUAGAACCUUACAUGAGAGUCCAGGUGGACCAUGUAGCUCGCUGUAUUCGCUUGCCCGUUGUUCAAGUAGAGAAAAAACUUUCUCAAAUGAUCUUGGACAAGAAACUGAAUGGAAUUUUAGAUCAAGGAGAAGGAGUGCUGAUAGUUUUUGAUGAAUCCCCCUUAGAUAAGACUUAUGAAACAGUUUUAGAAACCAUCCAUCAUAUGAGCAAGGUUGUUGACACACUUUACCAGAAAGCAAAAAAAUUGUCAUAGACUUACGAGUAAAUUUUGUUAUAGCAAUAAAAGUGUAUAUCAAAGUUACAGUAAAUUUUCAGUUCAAUCUUUUUGUAUUAUAUGAAACUAUUUUUUUGAAUGGAUUCAAAAUUUCAUUAUUUUAACUCACACCUGUUGUUGUAAUCUAAAAAAGUGACAUGAAAAUGAAAAAAAAAAACAUGUAAAAGAUAUCAUCUAAUUGGGGAAUGUUUAUUUUUUGCUAACAGUUAGUGACAUGCAUUAUUAGCAACAUUAACAAAUCUACAGCAUCUUGAAUUACAAAAACUAAUUCUUAUUUACAUGUGUUUAAACAUAAGCUAGUGAAUGAAAAAUUAUAAUAUUCUGUUUUAAUUGUGAAAUAAAAAUGUGUUCUCCAAAUAA